CUGUAAAUAAAGAAUUCACUCCGUUCCUUUUGCUUUCGGUCUUUCAACUUCCGGUAUCAAUCAUGAAGAUUGAACUGUGCUCGUACAGCGGGUAUAAAAUCUACCCUGGACAUGGAAAACGUAUCGUCAAAGUUGACGGAAGGGUUUUCCAGUUCCUCAACAGCAAAUGUGAGGCCUCACACAUGAUGAAAAGAAACCCUCGUGAGAUUAACUGGACAGUUCUGUACAGAAGGAAACACAAGAAGGGAAAUCUCGAGGAGAUCGCCAAAAAGAGAAGCCGCAGAACCACGAAAUUCACACGUGCUGUCACUGGGUUAUCACUGGCUGAAAUUCAGGCCAGGCGUAACCAGAAACCAGAGGUCAGGAAAGCACAGAGAGAGCAGGCCAUCAGAGCUGCAAAAGAAAAACAAAAGGCAAAAGAUGCCCAAAAGAGACAACAGAAGGCCCAGGCAUCUAGAACUGCCCAGCCUAAGAUGAAACCCUCCCAGAAAGGUGGAGCAGCAACAAAGCCAAGAGUUGGAGGAAAACGUUAAUAUUUAUAUCAAUAAAAACAGACUUCUGG